CUACCCAAUAACAGAUUACAAACUGGAAGGCAGCGUUGACCUCCCCCCGAAUUCACCUCUAAUACGGAGCCAUGUUUCGGUCUUUGAGACGCGUCCAGCAGUUUAACUGCAACCUCCUGACUUUGCAAAGAGUCAGCGUCAACUCUAAACUCCACAUCUGCACGUCCAGAAUGGCCAGCUCGGAGUUCAGGCUCGAAAGGGACACGUUUGGUGAGCUCAAGGUCCCGGCUGACAAGUACUACGGUGCCCAGACAGUCAGAUCCACCAUGAACUUCAAAAUUGGGGGACCAACCGAGAGAAUGCCGAUCCAAGUCAUCAAGGCCUUUGGGAUCCUGAAGAAAGCGGCUGCUCAGGUUAACAAGGACUACGGCCUGGAUCCAAAGAUAGCAGAUGCAAUCUGUAAGGCUGCAGAUGAGGUUUCAGCUGGCAAACUGGAUGAUCAUUUCCCUCUGGUGGUGUGGCAGACUGGAUCAGGAACUCAGACCAACAUGAACGUCAAUGAGGUGAUCAGCAACAGAGCUAUUGAGAUCCUUGGAGGAAAACUAGGCUCCAAAGAUCCUGUCCACCCUAAUGACCACGUCAACAAGAGUCAGAGCUCCAAUGACACUUUCCCCACUGCCAUGCACAUCGCUGCAGCCACAGAGGUCCACCAGGUCCUGCUGCCCGGCCUGCAGACUCUGCAUGAUGCUCUGGCGGCUAAGGCUGAAGAGUUUAAAGACAUCAUCAAGAUUGGGCGCACACACACUCAGGAUGCUGUCCCACUGUCACUCGGACAAGAGUUCAGCGGUUAUGUCCAGCAGGUGAAGUACAGCAUAGAGAGAGUGAAGGCGGCUAUGCCCAGGGUGUAUGAGCUGGCAGCAGGAGGCACAGCAGUAGGAACAGGACUCAACACCCGCAUCGGCUUUGCUGAGAAGGUAGCCUCCACUGUUUCCUCUCUAACAGGUCUGCCGUUUGUGACAGCUCCAAACAAGUUUGAGGCUCUGGCAGCCCAUGAUGCCUUGGUAGAGCUGAGCGGGGCACUGAACACAGUGGCUGUCAGCAUGAUGAAGAUCGCCAACGACAUUCGAUUCUUGGGGUCAGGACCCCGCUCCGGCCUGGGAGAGCUCAUCUUACCAGAGAAUGAACCAGGAAGCAGCAUCAUGCCCGGUAAGGUGAACCCCACCCAGUGCGAGGCCAUGACCAUGGUGGCAGCUCAGGUGAUGGGAAACCAUGUGGCAGUCACCAUCGGAGGAAGCAACGGACACUUUGAACUCAACGUCUUCAAACCUAUGAUGGUCAAGAAUGUGCUGAACUCUGCUAGGCUGCUCGGCGACGCAUCCGUCUCCUUCACCAACAACUGUGUGGUGGGCAUCCAGGCCAACCACGAGAGGAUCAACAAGCUCAUGAAUGAAUCCCUGAUGCUGGUCACCGCGCUCAACCCACACAUUGGUUAUGACAAAGCAGCCACCAUCGCCAAGACAGCACAUAAGAAAGGCACGACCCUGAAGGCCAUGGCUGUGGAGCUGGGAUACCUGACCGAGGAGCAGUUCGACCAGUGGGUGAAGCCAAGUGACAUGCUGGGGCCAAAGUGAACUCUGACAGCACAAGAAACACUACAAAACAAAGAAAGUGGGGAAACUUAGUAUUUUCCAAUUAAAUCAAAGCUGUUGAACUGAAUGAACAAAACUUGCUCUGAAUCCCUCUCUUAAUUGAAUCCUUCUCUUAAACAAAUUCAUCUCUUAAAUUAACAUUUUGAGAAUCCUUCGCAGUUGUUUGAUGCAGACGUCUUACUGUCUGUGUUUUGCAUAUACUAGUAUGUUUCACUUUUGAAUAGGGAUGAGGGGAAAAAAUUGGUGCAUUUUAGACCUGGGCAAAGUGGUAUUUAGAUUUUACAAUUUAAUUGGGUUUGCUUUGAUGUAUCACACUUGUUAAUGUUGUUAAUGCAGUAACUCACACAUUUGGGGAGGGAUUUCUGAUCACACACCCAACAGAUCCAACAGAUUGACAUUUGUUGAUGCUAUUUGACCCAGGUUAGUCACACAUACCUCUGUAACUCUUACAUAAAAUUGUGUUUUUUCAGGUUUAUUUAUCUGUUGAUAAAAUAAGUUACACUUGUUGCUUAACAUCAAAAGAAUGGAGUUCCAUCUUUUACUGUAGAAGUAGCAUUUGUGUAUUUGUACAUCAACUCCUUGGUUUUCAUAUUUUAAAAUGCUCUUCAUUGUCAUUCUGUUAUUUUCUACCUUCAAGGCAGUUCAGAUGUUCACAUUGUGCCAUCCCAAAAGGUGUCAUGAUGGAUUACUGUAACAUGUAUGUUCUGGUUUACAGUAUGUGUGCCAUUUCCAGUUCAAUGAAAUGUGUUAAUAAAAAAGCAACUAUA